AUGCCGCCCUACAAAAGACUUAUUAUUUCUUGUGACGGAACAUGGCUAGACAGUAAUAGUGGCAUUCGGAACUACUCCCUGUUUGGCACCAACGAGAAAGUCGCGAUCCCAUCCAACAUAACACGUCUCUGUCGCGCUCUGUUGCCAGAGUCCAGGGGUGGAGUCCAGCAGAUUGUGUUUUAUCAGUCGGGUGUCGGCAGCACCGGCGGGCUCUUUGGCCAUUUGAGUGGCAUCUUUGGUCAUGGUUUGGGAGAAAACAUUAGACAAGCUUACACCUUUAUUUGCAAUAACUACCAAGAGGGUGAUGAGAUAUUCCUGGUCGGCUUUUCACGCGGCGCCUUCAUUGCGCGCAGCAUUGGGUCUCUCAUCUCCAGCAUUGGCAUACUGACCCGAAGCGGACUUGGGGCCUUCUACCCUAUCUUUAAAGACUGGGAGAAUCAGAAUAUUCCCGGAUACACGCCAAAACUUGAGACACAUUCCUGGCCGCUCCGCCAUCGUCCCGUAUUCCAGGCUGGAAGUAAGCAUUACUGGCACAGGCUGGUGGAUGCUGGGUUAUCUGGGCCCGCGAUCCCCGCCAUCAAGGCAAUUGGCGUUUUCGACACUGUAGGUUCUCUGGGUGUGCCAACCAUAAAACUGUUCAAGAUUCCAGUCUAUAUGCAUUCCACACGCGAAUAUGCUUUCACAAACACCGAGGUACCUCCCAAUGUCGAGUACGCCUUCCAAGCUCUGGCUCUAGACGAACGACGAGCACCAUUUUCGCCAACCGUCUGGGAAUCACCUAAACCUGGCUCGGGCGCGGUGUUGUUACGACUCCGGCAAUGCUGGUUUCUUGGAGCUCACUCGGGGGUGGGAGGCGGCUAUGAAGACACAUCAUCCUCGGACAUAACACUUGCUUGGAUGAUCACUCAGCUUUCCCCAUUCCUGGCGUUUGACAGAUCGUACAUCCAAAGGCAGCGUGAGCAGAAUGUCGAAUUUUACCAUCGCAAGCGUGUACGUGUGCUUUCAUGGGCCAUGGGUCUAUUGCAGGCUUCAGACACGAAAUUGUACUCGACCAUCACUGGAAAGCAGAUACGCACUCCGGGAGAGUAUUGUGUCACAGAUCCAAUCACUGGGGAAACCACUGACCAGCGCCUUACUGAUACAUGCGAGUUUAUCCAUUCAUCUGUGCGCUACAGAAUCAGGCACAAGGGUGCGGCGUUGGUGAAAAGCGCCGAUGAUUACGAUAUUAUGGACAAGACCCUUUACCAACCAGAAGCGCUCAGAGACUUCAGAUACAUUAGGAACGCAAAAGCCGAUCGUUAUGGCGGAGAGUAUUGGCGAGGAUAUGAGAAGUGGGUAAAACGGAAUCCCGAUGGCACAGUGACAUGGAUUGUCGAGGACACGAUUGAACCAGAGACGGCGGAAAUGGACCUUCUGAAGGGCUGGUCACGAUCGCGCUCGGAAAAGAGAAGGCGAUGA